GGAGGAGGAGGAGUUCCUGGCGGCCAUCUUGGAUGUGCGGACUGAUUGUUUAGCGAGAAGAAUUGUGAACAUUUUAGAAAAUAAGCCAUUUUACUGAAUCCCUGAAGGUUUGAGGAAGUGGAGGCGACCGAGGACCGAGACCGUCACUCGGAACAGUCCGGUGAAAGAAGGCAUGAAGACAUCAUCCUAGUUAUCAGUCAUGGCCGAUAAAAGGAAACUUCAAGGUGAAAUAGAUCGAUGUCUGAAAAAAGUAGCGGAAGGUGUAGAACAGUUCGAAGACAUCUGGCAAAAGGUGAGGAGGGACUGUGACAAGCUUCACAAUGCAGCCAACGCCAACCAAAAGGAGAAAUAUGAAGCAGACCUCAAGAAAGAGAUUAAAAAGCUACAGCGUCUUCGAGACCAGAUCAAGACGUGGGUGGCAUCCAACGAGAUCAAAGACAAACGGCAGCUAGUCGAGAAUCGCAAACUCAUAGAAACGCAAAUGGAGCGGUUCAAGAUAGUGGAAAGAGAAACCAAGACGAAAGCCUACUCAAAAGAAGGACUGGGUCUGGCACAGAAGGUCGAUCCGGCCCAGAGGGAGAAGGAGGAGGUCGGGAUGUGGCUAACGAAUAUGAUCGACACACUGAACAUGCAGGUGGACCAGUUUGAGAGUGAAGUGGAGUCUCUGUCGGUCCAGACCAAAAAAAAGAAAGGAGACAAAGAGAAGCAGGACCGGAUUGAGGAGCUGAAGAAGUUCAUUGAGAAGCAUCGAUACCACAUCCGGAUGCUGGAAACAAUACUGAGGAUGCUGGACAACGACUCAUUGCAGGUGGACUCCAUCAAGAAGAUCAAGGACGAUGUGGAGUACUACAUUGACUCGUCGCAGGAUCCAGAUUUUGAGGAGAACGAGUUUCUGUACGACGACCUGGAUCUGGAAGACAUUCCUCAGACGCUGCUCGCCACCUCCCCGCCGGGACAGUCCACAUUGGAGGACGAGAUCUUCCAGCACUCCAGCAGCACACCCACCUCCACCACCUCAUCUUCACCCAUCCCCCCCUCGCCUGCCACUUGCACUACGGAGAACUCAGAGGAUGACAAGAAGAGAGGACGUUCAACAGACAGUGAAGUUAGUCAGUCACCUGUGAAGAACGGAAACCCCUCCUCCUCGUUAUCCUCUUCCUCCUCCUCCUCCUCCUCUUCCUCCUCCUCUUCCUCCUGCUCUUCUUCCUCCGUCUCAGGACUGAACCCCUCCUCGCUGGUCUCUAUGGCGACCAUGGCUGGGGGUGGAAGCAGCGGCUCGGGGGGCAACAGUCAUUUCACCAACUCGGGGGGGCUGCUCUCCAACACCUCCGCUGGCAGCUACAGCAACGCCACCCAGCAGCCGCCGCACCCAUCGGCCCAGCAGCAGCCGGCCAAGAACUCAGUGAGCUCCUCCUCCUCUGCACCUAUAGCCUGCCCCAGCAUCAACAGCCACCCCGCCUCCUCCACCUCCUCUCCCCCCAAUGCCAGCAUACAGGGGCUCCUGAGUUCAAACUCCCUGCCUCCGUCAGGGCCCUCGCAGACCUCCAACAGCUUCGGCCUCGGUCUGGGACUCUCUCUGGGGAAAGGCGGCAUGUCCAGCUCCCUCACCACCAGCCCGAUGUCCGGGGGCCUCGGCUUAUCAGGGAUGCCGGCAUCCCUGAGCACCAUGGCGAGCCUCCUAUCCAGCUCCACCCCAGCACCGUACGCUCAGGCAGCCGCCUCAGGCGCCGUCGGCUCCGGCUUACCAGGUUUACCGGGCUCCCUGGGAGGCGUCAGCACCACAACCUCCAACAGCGCGUUGGGAUCCAUCGGCAGUGGGAACAUCACAGUCGGCGGGCCGACAUCUUCAUCAGGAGGUCUACUGGGCGCGUCCACAUCGAUGGGCAGCAUCGGCUCUGGGAUUCUGGGUCUGAGCUCCAGCCAGUCGGGGAUGCAGGGGAUGUCUCUGAUGUCACCGAGCCCGGUGGGAGGCCUGGCUCCAGGAAGCGGAGUCGGCAUCAUCGGGAGCAACGGAGGAAACUCUGGACCAGUGGGGAGCGGAGUGGUGGGAGGAAACUCGUCUCUGUCCGUCAGACCGCCGAGCCGACAGAAGCAGAACGGAAGCACCAGUUACAGUGCUGUGGUAGGCGACAGCACAACAGACUCCGCCCUCAACAUGGUCAGCCAAUCACAAAACAGCCAACCCUCAUCUUUGACCUCCUCAGCCAAUCAGCCUAAGGACACUGGUCCCAGUCUACUGGGCUCUAUCACUUUGUCGUCCAGCUCUCCAUCGCCGGGCUCCUACAGUGAUGCCAAAAUGGUGAGCGGCAGCAGCCUGCUGAACGGACCGCUGUCCUUCUCGCAGUCCUCCGAUGGCAUGAAGUGUCACAGCUCAGGAGCUCUGAGCUUCCUGAAACUACCAAGGUCCGACUUUUCAUGUCUACCACAAAAGGAAAGCAUUCUAAUGGAUUCGGAGAACUCGACCCUGUUUGAGGACAACAUGACCAUGAAAGACGAGCCCCAGGAGCCUCUGAGCAGCCUGAAGUCCAUGGCCGAGCGAGCAGCACUCAGCUCAGGGAUGGAGGGAGACGUGACUUCCCUGCACCUCACCCCAGACAUCUUCCCGAGCAGCACUACAUCCUCCUCCGGAGCCCCCUCUGCGCCUCAGACCUCGCUGUCAGAGGUCAGCAUCCCCCCCUCACUGGGGGUGUGUCCGCUGGGGCCGGUGCCCGUGUCCAAAGACCAGCUCUACCAACAGGCCAUGGAGGAGGCGGCGUGGACGCACAUGCCCCACCCCUCCGACUCCGAGAGGAUCAGGCAGUACCUGAUGAGGAACCCCUGCCCCACCCUGCCUUUCCACCACCAGGUGCCACCGCCCCACUCCGACACUGUAGAGUUUUACCAGAGGCUUUCCACCGAGACCCUCUUCUUCAUCUUUUACUACCUGGAGGGCACUAAGGCCCAGUAUCUGGCAGCCAAAGCCCUGAAGAAGCAGUCGUGGAGGUUCCACACAAAGUACAUGAUGUGGUUUCAGAGGCACGAAGAACCCAAGACCAUCACUGAUGAGUUUGAGCAGGGAACGUACAUCUACUUUGACUAUGAGAAAUGGGGCCAGCGGAAGAAGGAGGGAUUCACUUUCGAGUACCGGUACCUAGAAGACCGUGACCUCCAGUGACCUGCGGAGAGAAAUGUGGAAGGACAGACGGGCGGACAGCUGAGAGAGAGAGAGAGAGAGAGAGAGGGACAUGGACGGAGGAAAGAAUUAGCGAAUAAUCGAACGAACAAAUAGGGGCGGUCCGGCGGCUGACAUUCCUGGUUCUGACCUCAGCUCGCUGUUGGAAAGGAGACGUUCUGGGUCGGAGGGCGACACCGGUCCCUCCCACUGACCCUCCAGCCCCGCCCCCUCCUCCUCCUCCUCCUCCUCCACCACCUCCUCCUUCACCAGGUCUUUUAUUUCCAUCUUUUUCCUGAACUGGAACUUUCUUUAAAUCAACGAGAAGACUUUGUUUUGUUUUGGCAGAUAUAAAAAAAACUCAAAUCACAGCGACAUCCUGACGCCCACGUGCUUUUCCCUUCUCUGUGUUAUUCUGUUGCUUUGGCUUUAGAAGCUGUUGCUUACAUUUGCCCCUGAAGAACCAAAGAUAACGAUUCUCACAGUUCAGGCUCCGUCCGGUUUCCAACCCGACUACAGAGGCUCCAGAUCUCAGACUUUGGACUGAAGCAGGGGACAAAUGUGACUUUGGUUUUUUUUUUUAAAUGAGGACGGAGGAGGAGACGAUGAGAGAGGGCGUCGUCUUUUAAUAACCAAUCUGAACCUGUAGGAACCGUGUAGACCAACAAUUAGAACAAUCAAACGACCCCCCCCCCCCGUCUAACGCAGCCGUGAAAAACUCAACGUUCUCCUCCAGCUGCUACAACCAGAGCGUCUUCGUCUUCAUCGCUUCAGCACUGAUGAAGAACUGUUUUCAGACAUGAGCUCCAGAUCGUGUGUCUGCAGUUCAUCUUCAACACGUGAGGAAGCAGCAGGACCGGGUCAGACGUGUUAGAGCGUCAUCCUCACGUCCACUCGCUCGCUAUCAAUGUUCCAGACAUUUCUCCUGGGGGGGGAGUCAAGCAACUGACUCUGACAUUUGUCAUCCAGCCCCUCAGGAAAACUCUGGGUUCAUGUCUGAAAGCAGCUCUAGAAGCGGAUCCUUCCACCGGUGAAGCUCCUCCGGUGUUUCACUGCUCGACAGCGGCCGGAGUCAGAAACAAUCAACACGACGUGGGUGAAGGGCGGUCGUGGGCGGCUCACGGGCCUCUCUCUCUCUCUCGCUCUCUCUCUCGCUCGCGCACUCUAAAGUAUCUCCGAGGCUCUGUUGUUGUGUUCGUGUGAAGUGGUGAAAGUGGCCGCUUCGUUUUGUGAAUCCGUGGCGUCUAAAAAUAUCUGGGCCCGCCUCCUCCCAUCCCGUUCCAGUGGCGUGUGACCUCAGAGCCGGCGAGGUGUCGGUGGCACCGGGCC